GUCAAUGUUUUUAUAGGCAUAUGUAGCCUGCUUAAACAUAUUUGUUAGUUAAUUAGCACUCAGGGGUCACGUUUAAUCGGACAAGUCUCUGUAUUCUGGUAAAGUUCUAUUAAGAGGUCAAUUUGUCUCUUUAUACUUGUUUUAUUUAAUGUCGGCUAGCUCUGGUAGCUAACUGGCACUGUGAGUUGUUAUUGGUAACCUAGCAGCCAAAGCAUCCUGACAUGUAAAUCUCAUAGUGGCUUUUAACUAUCAUUUUAAAUGAAAACUACCCUUUUAUUCCGUAUAUGGCUCAGUUAACUAAAUGUUAUGGACACAAGUGAAUGACACUUUCUAUUUAAUUUUCACGUCGAACUUAUGUAUCACAUAGUUUAGCUGGCUAAUUCUUGAAAAGAAGCUACACUUCUUUAAAGGUUGCGUCGAAAAGAAAUGCGUAUUUUGUGUCGCAUUGCAACGGUUAACCAAAAACAGAUAAUAAUAAUAUUACCUUUGGGUUGUUUGAGGCAGCUAACAUUACAAGUUAUGUUGUAAUUAAUAGCUGCUGGCUGGAUGUUUUCCUACUGCUUUGAUUAAUUUACUUUUGAUUUACUUUGAUUGUUUUACUUGGAUUUGAUUGCCUUAUUUACUGCUAACCGGCUAUGGCCAGAAUGGCUACUGCAUUUGAAUGGGAUAAAGUGAAGAAACUUGACCCAGAUAACCUCCCCGACAAUGACGAGGACCAGCAGGAGGACUUCUUCAACAUGUUUAUUUCGGCUGAAGAAUGGGAGGUGAUAAAUAAAUCUCCAGAGGACAUCAUUCAAGUCCUCAGAGUGUUUCAGGCUCUUUUGAAGAGAAAAGAUCACGAACUUGCUCUUACCUCUGACUUCAUUGAAGACAUAGGUAUAAAGCAUGCCAAAAAAGAAAGGGAACUUGCUGCCAAGUUGUCUAGGCUGGAACAAGAGAGCAAGCACACCGGCACAGGGCCAGACACACGCUUUCUCAGGGAUGAGAUCCGCCAUCUAGAGUCUCAGCUGGAGCAGAGGGAGAGGGAGUUGACCCAGUGCAAGAAAGACAUGGGCAAAGAAAAGAAAUCCUACAAGGAGUUGUACGCAAAAGCAGAGAUGGCAGAUGAGGAGGUGAAGAAGCUGAAAAGAGAGAACGAGCAGCUUCAGCAGGAUGUUGGCUAUUAUCAAGCACAGCUUGACCAGAAGGAGACAGCGACAGAUGAAAGAGAGGAGUUUCAGAAGAAACUCUCCUUGGCCAACCGCCAGCGUGACCAAUGCUAUGAUGAUCUUCAGCGUGCCGAGGAUGAAAUCCUACACCUGAAAACUCAGAAUGAGCAAAUGCAGAAAAGUCUGGAGGAAUCUGUGAAGGAGAUGGAGAAGAUGACGGACGAGUACAACAAGAUGAAGAUCGUUGUACAGCAGACAGACUCCAUAAUGGACCAGCUGAGGAAAGAGAGGGAUCAUGCAAACUUACAAGUGAGAGAGUUAACAGAUAAACUUCAUAGCAUGACUGUAGAGGAUGAUCCAAUUAUGGCAACAGUCAACUCCACAGUGGAGGAAUGGAAGAGAGUGCUCUCUGGAAAAGAUGAAGAGAUUUUGGUGUACCAGCAGAUGGUCCGCGAUCUGAGGGAGAAGCUGCGUUCAGCACAGUUGGAUUUGGACAAAAGCAACAUCCUUGCCUUGCAGCAGGCUGUCCAAGAGCGGGAUAAUCAGAUCAAGAUGCUGAGUGAGCAGGUGAAGCAGUACACAGUGGAGAUGGAGAAGCACACCCAACUCAUUGAGGAGCUAAAAACAACCACUAAGAAAGACAAAGGCCAACCAACAACCAUACAGCAGAAAAAGAUUGAAGAUCUGAAGUCCAGACUGGCAGCUGCGGAGGCCAGAGCAGCAGAAGCAGAGCGCACAAUGGUGCUUGCAGAAACUCAUGCUGAGGAAAAAGACAAAGCGCUCAUUGAAGCUUCAAAUCGGCUGAGCCAAUACGAGUCUGGCACUUAUGGCCUGGAAGCAGCAAUUUUGGAGAUCAAAGAGUGUAAAAAUCAAAUAAGGGUGAGAGAUCGUGAAGCAGAGACUAUGACCAAAGAAAUUAACCAGCUUGAGAUGAAACUUAAUGACCUGAUGGAUGAAAAUGAGGACUUCAGAGAAAAACUGGGCCUGGAACCAAAACAAGAAGUAGAUCUGACAGAGUUCAGGCGGGCCAAAGAACUCAGACAACGCCAGUACAAAGCAGAAAACCAGGUCCUCACCAAAGAGAUCGAACGCCUUGAAGAGGAGAGACUUGAGCUGAAAAAGGCAAUCAGGCGCAUGGUGAAAGAAAGAGGGAUCCCACAUUCAAGCUUGCUUCAAGAGGAGGAAAUCCGACCCAGCAGAUCUAAACAGCUUCUACACAAACAAAGCGGGACUUUCACAGAUGAAGAAAUGCAACUGAAAAAUGAGUACCUUGAAAAAGAACUGAGCAAAAAGGAGAGAGAGCUGGAGCUUCAUAAGACACAGUUUCAUGUCAAAUUGGACGAACUGUCUAAAGUUAAAAGAGACCUGGAGGCUGCACUCACAGAUGUUCUGCAAGCACUGAGGAUAAACCAAGAGAACAUUUUGUCUGGAACUGCAGUCAGUGUUCCCAGUCUGGAGAGGUUGGCCGGUGUUAUGGAUGUAAAAAACUUGAGUGGGCAUUCUGAGUCAGCUCUACAUCUGAAGUCCCAGAUACAUCAGUUAGUGGGGAGAAACGAAGAACUGAGGCAGGAACUGAAAUCUGCCCGGGAAGAAGCCACCAACAGCUUCAGUCAGCUGGCUACAGCCAAAACAAAGGUGAGCCAACUGGAAGGUGAACUGGAGCUGUUAAAGAAGUCUGGCAGCAGUGGAGUUGUCCUCAGACCUCUGACCCUCCCUGAGGGCCUGGAGCCGAGCAGCACUGAGGUCAUCAGCUCUCUAAAUGAGUACUGUGUCCGACUUCUUCAGGAGUUGAAGAACAAGGAGGAACAAAGCAAAAAGCUUUCAGGAACAUUGGAGGAAUACAAAGAGAAGUUUUCUGUCAUCAGUCACCAACAGGGACUCCUCUAUAAGGAGUAUCUCAGUGAAAGGACAGAGUGGCAGAAGAAGAAAGAGGCAUUAGCAGAAAAGAAUAACCAGCUUGAGGAGCAACAGCAGGUGGAUGCUGUUAAAAUCCAAGAAUUUAAGGAGCUGCUUGACAAUCUCCAGAAGGACCCAGAGGAAAUCAAGAGGCAAUUGGGUGAAGCAUUACGCAAGUUGACAGUGCUGAGGGUCAAUGAGAAGAAGCUGACGCGUCGCUACGCCACCUUGCUGGAGCAAGAACAACAUCUCCGCAAGGAGAACUGCAAGCUGAGGGAUGAAAGCAGCCAAAUGCAGGCCUCUGUCACCCAGAGGAUGGGCUACCUGCAGAGAUUCAAGGAAAUGGCUGCAUAUAAGAUAGCAGCGCUGCAGAAGGCCCUGGAUGAUAGUGUUCCCUCAUCAGACCUGGAGAAGGCUAACAAACAGUACACAGAACUGACAGUCAAAUACAGAGACAUGCUACAGAGAGACAGCCGCCUCAUACAGAGAACCACCAACCUUGAACAGUCGGAGAAUGAGAAUGAGUCUCUUCGGGAGCAAAUCUCUGACAUUAAUAAAGAACUGGAGAUCACAAAAGAGAAACUGAACACACUGGAACAGGCAUGGGACAACAUCAGUGCAAAUGGGGGUGAAAAUGGAAUGGAUAAGGCAGACAAGGCAUUGGCCAACAAUGAGAUGGUAUCAGCUGCCAGGCGGAUCACAACUCUUGAAAUGAAGGAGCUGAACGAGAGGCAGAGAGCUGAGCAUGCUCACAGAAUGUAUGAACAAAUGAAGAACUCCCUCAGGCAGGUGGAAGAUCGAAACUCAGAACUGGAGUCCAAGUUUGCAGAGCUGACCAAGAUGAACAUGGAGGCCCAGAGGGUGGAGCGGGAGCUGAGAGAUGAGCUGGCAGACAGCAUCAGCAAAGCCGUUAGCGACGCCGACCGAGCCAGGAUUGCAGAGUUGGAGCGAGCUGAGGCUGAGCUCCGCAUUGAGGUUUCAAAGCUUCAGGAGGUGUCUGAUGUGGCCAUGAUGCAGGCUAGUGCUCUGCAGGCCAGACAGCAGUUCAAAGAGAGGGAAAUUGAAGCCUUAAGGAGACAAAUAUUGGAUCUUCAGUCCCAGUCAGAUGAAAAGGCUCUCAUUGCGAGGCUCCAUCAGCACAUUGUGGCUCUGCAGCUCAGCGAAUCAUCUGCUUUGUCAAAACUGGAGGCUGCCACCUCACGUAUCAAACAUCUGGAGGCUUACAAGCUUCGUUCUGAACAGCGGCUGGAUGCCAGCGAGUCCACCCUGUUCCUUGCCCGCCAGGAGGGCAGGAAUCGCUCCAAGCACCUUCGGCAGACCAUCCAGUCGCUUCGCAGGCAGUUCACAGGAGCACUCCCACUUCCUCAGCAAGAAAAGUUCUCUGAGACCAUGGUGAGCCUCCUGGAGGACAAAGCCAGAGCCCAGGAGGAGAGGAAGAAGGCGGUAGAGGAGAGGAGGAGGGCAGAAGGGAGGGCUGAGGAGCUGGAGCUGAGACUUCGUGGCUUAGAGGAGCUUAUAUCAACACUGAAGGAUGUGAAAGGAGCUCAGAAGGUUAUUGAGUGGCACAAAAAGAUGGAAGAAGCGCGUUUGCAGGAGCUGAGGAAAGGCCGGGAGCUGCUGGUCCAGAAGGAGGAGACCAGGUACCUGAAGAACCUGGUGGAAGAGCAGGAGCGGACAAUCCAGUUGCUGGAGGAGGAGGCUGUGCAGAAAAACACGCACCAAGAUGAACGCCAGCUAGCAUGGGAUCAACGAGAGGUGGAGCUAGAGCGUCAACUGGAUCAGUAUGAAAGGCACCAGAACGAGGUACUCAGCAGUGCCGAAAAGUUUGUGGAUGGGACAGGAUCUCUUCCAGACCCAAGUCUUCCCGUGGCUCAUCAGUUAGAAUUUGCUUUGGGAAAAAUCAGAGAGCAUGUCCGCACCAUCGUAGACACACAGGCCACCUGCAGAAGUUUGGAUGAGAAAUUGAAGGAGAAAGAAGCGGCCCUGUGGAAGGCGGAACAGAACAUUGUAUCCCGAGAUAAAGUGAUCAAUGAGCUGCGUCUUCGACUCCCAGCAACAGCCAACAGAGAGCGACUGCUAGCUGAUGUUUCCAAACAUGAGGAAGCCCAGGCGGACUAUAAGCCUGCCCUAACGCUGGCCCACCAGACCAUCAAAGACCUCCAGGGUCGGCUGGACAAAAAGGAAGACAUGGUUAAGAAAUACCAGAAACAGUUGGCUCAAGCCAGACAGGAUCAAGAGGAGAUGAUAAAGAGACACCAGGAGGAGCUGAGGACACUGCAUCAGAAAAUGGAUUUGCACGCAGACAGCUCAUUGGACAUCUUUAAACAGACGGCAGUGAGUCUGAUGAAGAAGCCAACUCUUAAGGUGCCGACCACCAAGCACCUGGAGCGUCUGGCAGAGUUGGAGCAGACAGUGGCCGAUCAGGACAUCUCGCUCUCCUCCGUCACUGAGAAUUUGCAUCGGACCACUGCAGAGCUGGAGCGACAGACAGCCGCCAUCGAAACCCAAGCUAAGAAAUACACGGAGGAGAUGUCAAAGCUGGAGGAGCAUUAUGUCGCCCAGGUUAAAGCUCUGAAUGGGGAGAAUGAGGAUCAGAGGAGUCGGAUAGCCCAAAUGGAGAAGGAGUUGAACAACCUCCAGACUGAGUUGGCGGCCCAGAAGGAGGCCAAUGUGCGUUCUCCCAGCAACACCAUGAAGAACCUGGUUGAACGCCUGAAAGCACAGCUCACUCAGAAAGAGAAACAGCUCAAGGCUCUCAGUAAGGCUCUACUUGAGCUGCGGGCAGAGAUGACGUUAGCCGCGGAGCAGCAGGUCAUUGCCAGUGCUGCACAAAGAGAGGAGAGUCUCAAUGUACAGAUGUUGAUUGAUAAACACACCAAAGACCUAAAGGUGAAAGUGCAAGAACUUAACGAAGAACUUCAAGCAGCUAAGGAGUCCGUCAAAUCAGCCAGAGGUCGCGAGAGCACCCUGAAAGAAGAAGUAGACACUCUGAACCAUGACCUACAGAGGACUCAAAAAAUGCUAAAACGCCUUCAAGCUGAAAAAGAGGAGAAUGAGCAUGAGAUCCAGGAGCUGAAGCAACAAAUCAAGAGACUCAGCAAUGCCUUACAGAAUCAACCAGAAGCAGAUGGAAAAGGGCUAAGCAUCGAGAAUCUGCAGAAGAAAAUCAGGAGGCUGGAGUGUGAGUUGGGAAAAAGAGCAGAGAAAACAAUGACCAAGGAUGAUUAUGGAAAGACCAAGGACGAAAUAGUGCGUUGGGAGGAGGGCAAGAAAUGGCAGGCCAAGAUGGAGAAGGUGAAGAAUUUAUUGAAGGAGAAGGAACGAGAGGGUGACUCCCUGACGAAGCAGCUCAUCACUCUUAGAGACCUAUAUUCCAGACUGGAACAAGAGAAGAGUGCACUGCAGAAAAAGCUGAAGGCUCGAGGUGUGACUGCCGAUCAAGUGGUGGGGGUCCGAUCCGCUGAAAUGGAGAAGGAAGUGGAGGAGUUGAAGAAGAAGAAUGCAGAGCUGGAGACAGAAAUCCUCACCAUAAAACAGCGACAGGCUUUACCUCGGGAUGAAGCUAUGGAGAGCCUGAGCCUGAGGAACCGCUACCUGGAAGAGCGACUGCACUCCUUAGAGAACCAGAUAUCCAAAGAGCCGCCAUCAAGACCUUCUGGAAAAAGCUCCUCCUCUCGAGCUUUGAGGGAGAUUUCUUCUCUUACUUUUGAUGUUGUGGAUGGAUCAUGUGAAGGAAAUACAGCACAGACUCCUGCUGAAAAAUGCCAGUUCUGUGAAGCAGCUGAAGACCCUGCUGACCAACAGGGGGAGCCAGAGCAAAGCCACACACCUGGAGAAUCUCAAUCAAGCAUAAUGGGAGCAGAGGAUGCUCUCACUGAAACACAGCGACUGAGUCCUGAUUUGGCAGAAAAUGUUGCAGCAGAUAGAGCGGAUGUGAGCAGAGAGGGUAAUGACUCACAUCCUGAGCAAGAGGAGGAGGGAGAUGAAGCAGAUGCUCUGGAAAGUGCACAGGACAUCCCAGGUGAUUCUGAGGUUUAUGUGGCAGAAGAAAAGGAGGAACCCCAGAACGAAAAAGGAAGUGAUCCUGACCCUGGUGAUCCAUCAGAAAAACCAGGAUCGGCUGUUUCAUCUUCAGAGUCUGCUGCUGCAGUGAAUAAAGAGGGUGUUGGUGAGCAAGAUGCUCAAGACAGAGAAGAUGAUGUGGGAACCAGGGAAGAAAAAACGGAUGAUACUGAGCAGCCCGAUGAGACUACAAAGGAAGAAUCAGAGGAAGAUAAUCCAGAACAGUCUUGCUCAGCAGAGCCAGAUGCAGAUUCCAGCCUCAUAACGAGCAAACAGCACGAGACGUUUAUUAGGAGAAAGAGAGAUGAUCGUGUACGAAAACAUAAAAGCAGAUCUCAUAGGUACCUGAAGACUUCAGGGCGAGGUACCGGCACCCCCUCACAGAGAGAACCAGACCUCCAAAAAGAAAACCUCAGGCUGGCCUCUGAGAACCUGGAGCUGCGCUUUCAGCUGGAGCAGACUAACAAGGACUUGCCAAGACUUAAAAAUCAAGUGUCAGAUCUUAAGGAGAUGUGCAGUGUGCUGAAAAAGGACAAGGCAAAUGUUGAGAAAAAACUGGCACACAUACGUGGAGCGGGUCACAGCGGUAAAACAGUGCCUGAACUGGAGAAGACCAUCGAGCUGAUGAAGAAUGUGAUAGAGAGGGUUCAGAGAGAGAAUGAGACACUAAAGAAGUCCAAGGCACCUGCAAACCAAGGGAAGAUCGCUGCAUUGGAGCAAGAAAACCAAAAACUGAAGGCCGAAUUUGAGCAGCUGAGGAAUGAGAGCGAGGCUGAGCUGAAUGCAAAACUUGAAUCUAAAACUAAAGGACUGGAGAAGAUAGUCAUGGAAAAUGAACGUCUGCGCAGAGAGAUCAAAAGGGAAAUGGAGGCUGCAGAGAGGCUGAAAGUAACAAAAACGAGCGUGGAAGUGGCCAACGAGAAGCUCGAAGCAGAGCUGGAGGAAACCAAGCAGAGGCUGCGUGCAGCUUUGUCCAAACCCAUCACAGAGGGAGCGGACAGUAAGACCUGGAAGGCUUCAGUGGUAACCAGGAUGUUUGAGAACAAGAUGAAGGAGCUGGAGAAGGAGCUCUCCCAGAAGACCUCUGGCCUGAAUGAGGUCAAAAAUCAACUGAAGGAUGUGGCAGAGCGAGAGGACAGAGCUCAGAUCAAAAUCCGGCAACUUGAAGAUCAGGUUGACUUGUUAAAAAAGUUUCCUGCUGCUGCAACGUCAGAUGGAGGACUCAUCAAGGAGUUCCAGGCAAUGAGGUUGAUUAACACUGAACUGCAGAAAGAGAACGUAGAGCUUAAACAUCGGCUGGAGGAGUACAAUGAGCGGUACGGUGAAACAACAUCAAAAUUAGACUAUGGCAAAGUCCGAAACCUCCUGCAGACAUCUGAGAAAGAGAAAGCAGAGCUCCAAACUGAGGUAACAAAGCUGAGGAAAGAACUGGAAAACUUUGACCCGGCAUUUUUUGAAGAGAUCGAGGACUUAAAGUAUAACUAUAAGGUAGAGGUGAAGAAGAAUAUUCUGCUGGAGGAAGAGCUGAAAAAGGUGUGCAACCAGUUCGGUGUGAAGAUGGAUCUCCCCACUGUCUCCAUUAGCUAGCUCAGAGUCACUUCUGUGCCUUUGAAACAAAGACUGAAUGUACUUAAAUGGUUUACAAUCAAUAAAAUGGGAAACUAUUUUAGUCUUACAGGAUUACCAAACUUUACCUCUACUGUCACUAAAUUCCGCCAUUGACAAGUGAUAAUGCUCAGCCAGUUUGGCUAAUGUUGGCAUAAGAAUCUUAUACAUUAAGGUGACAAAGACAAAUAUUUAUUUUGAGAUAGACAACUUUAUUUUUGUAACACGAGACCAUUAUUCAGAGUUUUCUACAACUCCAGAAUAAAAAAAAACCUUCAUGAACAGAUCCUUAGUGUGUUUAUAUUAGGAUAUUUAGAAUAGUUAUUAACAGACCAUUCUGGAAAGCGUGCAUCAAAUCUUCAACAGUCUUAAAUAGUUCCUGAUGUAAAGCAAAAUUGUAAGAUGUUAAUUAGACUCCUUUGCUGUAAGACAGUAUUUAAGCAUAAAGAAUUGUCCUUUCAGUAGAACUUCUCUCUCUUUUGAUCAAAGAGAAUUUAACUCACAUUGAUAUAGCAGCCCUGUACACUCAAACAUCUUUUGAGCUCAUUCUUUGGUCCGAUUCAAAAAGAAAAUUCCUCACAAGCUUUUGGAAAGUGUCUGUUUUCAACACCACUGUACCAGAAUUUCACAUUUAAACCAUGUAU